GUGAUAAGAAAUGGAGCGCAACGAAGAAGAUUGGUCGAUAGAAUGUUCUGACGACGAAAAGUACGAAAUGGAUGGAAAAAACGAAUGGACUCUGAAACCUAACGACAUAUUAACAUUGACUGAAGCCCUUGAGGCUAAUAACAGAGCUUUGGAACUCGAAUGGAAGUGUCCAGGUAGAAGAGGUCCAUCUCCUGUUCCCACAAAUAUUCGACAGCAAGAUAAUGGCUCACAGGAGUACAAGACAGAAGAGAAGUCGGACUUUGAUUUCAUGGAUGAGAUGUCGUCGCCAAGAUUACCAGUUCGUAGAACUGGCGAAAGUACUCCGAAAGGAAGCGCCAAGAAAAAAACUGCAAGUUUCAACGGUGUACUAUCAACCAUGUUGCGACAUCGCAGAUUGGAACAACAGGAAAUUAAUUCAAGUCCAAAAAAGAUCGAAUCACCUGUAUCAAAAACACAGCCGACCUAAUUGUUUCAUCGAUGCCAUCGCGGUUAUGUUUAUAACGAAUUGCGUAUUAUAUUUCAAUACUUGUAUAGUAAUUAAAGUCUAUCGUGUUUAGUAAUUAAAAUUGUA